AAAAUGGAUGUCUCUGCUGUGGCGAUGUGAGCCAGGUUUCAUGACAAACAAUUCAAUGUCGUGAGCACUUACACCAACUAUGGCAGACACUGAAGGAGAAUCCACGGUCAAGAACUCUGAAAACCACACUGACAAUAACCACAUGGAAGUUGAGAUUUGCAAAAACGAUGGUUUAGUCAAAAAUGAUAAAUCAGCAGGAGAUGCAUCAACAAGUUGUCAUGACAACAACACUGAACUAAAUUCAGAGGGGAUUAAAUCAAAUGACAUCAAACUACAGAAUGUUUGUGAUGAAGAUGGGGGGAAGGGAGACGCACCCUCCAAGCCAGUGGAAGACACAUCGGCAGAUGUUGUCUCGUCCAAGGCUGGUGGCACUUUCGAAAUAUCUCCCUCCUCUAGUAGUAGCAGUGAUGAAGGGGGCACAUCACAUAAAUACAAAACAAAACACAGAACUGAAAACACAUUCAAAGAUCUUGAAAUGGGUGAUAUAGAUGAGCCAGUGGAAAACGAGGAAACAGGAGCAUCAAAUCAAGAUGACGGCCCAAAAGCAGAAAUCCUUAAUAAAGUUAAAACGAGUGAAUUAGACAGUGAUGACGAGAGUGAUGCAGACGAUGACCGGCACAGUGAGACGCGAAGUGGUGGCAGUGACAUUGAAUCUGAGCCAGAGGACAUAAUCGAGCAGAAACCGCUUCCGUGCAACUGGUAUGCAUGGUCGUACAUACGUGACCGAGAACUAGGAAAUAAAAAGAACAUGUACAGCUACAGCUCAAAUGCGAUUGGCAGCGCAUCCUUCGUCCAACGUUUUAAACGUCAAAACACGUUAGACUAUCACCAAGGAUGUGUGAAUACUUUACACUUUAACCCGGCCGGGAAUUUACUUGCAAGCGGCAGCGAUGAUUUGGAGAUCGUACUUUGGGACUGGGCUCAUGGUAAACCCAAUUUAGUCUACCAAAGUGGUCAUAAAAGUAAUGUGUUUCAGGCUAAGUUUAUGCCAUACAGCGGAGAUACCACCAUUGUCAGUUGUGCCAGAGACGGACAGGUACGUGUGGGUCACCUGUCAAGUACAGGUGUAUGUAAAGAAACUAGGAAAUUAGCGCAACAUAGAGGAGCUGCUCAUAAGGUAAAACACAAUAUUACAAAGAUUUUGGCGAGUUAUAAUGAUGAAGACAUUUACUUGUUUGAUAAUAAUCACAGCGAUGGUGCUGAAUAUAUCCACAAAUAUAAAGGGCAUAGAAACAAUGCAACUGUGAAAGGUGUUAAUUUCUAUGGCCCUCAGAGUGAGUUCAUUGUAAGUGGCAGUGACUGUGGAAAUAUAUUCCUAUGGGAGAAGCAGACUGAGAGGAUAGUACAGUUCAUGGUAGGGGAUGAAGGAGGAGUGGUUAAUUGUUUGGAGCCACAUCCUAGUACAGCAGUGUUAGCCACUAGUGGUCUGGAUCAUGAUGUGAAAAUCUGGUCUCCAACUGCAGAGGAACCUACAGACUUGGAUGGUCUCAAACGGAUCAUGCGUGCCAAUAGAAGAGAGAGAGAAGAAGAAAGACGACGUGAACCCGAUUUGAUAGAUGGCCAUAUGUUAUGGUUUAUAAUGCAUCAUCUACGGAGACGAGCAAGAAGACGUGCUAGAGAAACUGGUGAACGAGAAAGUGAUGAAAGUUCAAGCAGUGACUCGGAUGAAUCUGAAGAUUCCGAUGAUGAUACCGGUGAGAUGGCUGAAGGGGUUCAGUGUCCAGCAUCAUAAGACAUAUGUGUACAGCAUAAGACAUCUACCAUCUUGAUAUUCACUGUCAAUUUAUUACGUACUGUGGGAAUUUCAAAGGUUGUGAGAUUACAAGACCUUUGAUUGGAUUAAAGCUGCAUUAUUUCUAAUUACUGUGGGCUGGGGCUAUGAAUAAACCCUUGGGAGGGGGGGGGGGGGGUCAUUUGAGUACAAGUUGCAUACCAAACAUUGAAAAUGGAUAUGGGGUUGUAAUUUUAUCCUCCGCUGCCACUCCAUAUUGUUCUGAACAUCAAAUUAGGCAACAUUGUCCACUAAGUAGCUGACUGGUUGUUAUUGACUAGAUAAAUGUGUACAUGCACAAGACACACCAGCAACUGUGUCCUGACAUGUAAGACUAUGUCAGUACUUGCUUUGUGUUCAAUUUGUAUGGAUAACUUUGCCAUUGUCAUACAGCAAUUUAUAUGAUUGGAUAAAGUGAAUUGAAAAGUAAUUGCAUCUUCUAUCUAUCUAUAUGUGUAUGAGUUCCCCACCAUUAGUAAAAUGUCUCCCUGUUGUGGUUCGAUCCAACUUGU